CCGCCGCUUUUAAUACAGAUGCGAUCCUCUGUCCUCGUGGCGUUUAGCACCACCGAGCAAGGCGAGCGAACGGCAGGCAGCGCUGGUAGAGAGCGAGAGAUAGACAGUGACAGUGAUAGUGGGAGAGAGAGAGAGAGUGGCAUAACGACACCAUGACAGCACAGAACUCAUACGACGUUAUAGUUAUCGGAGGAGGAAUAUCAGGACUGAGUGCAGCUAAGCUGUUGAAGGAGAAAGGGCUGAGUCCUGUGGUUCUGGAAGCUAGGGACCGGGUUGGUGGACGGACCUUCACCGUACAGAAUGAGCAGACUAAGUAUGUUGACCUGGGCGGGGCCUACGUCGGGCCUACUCAGAAUCGUAUCCUCCGAUUGGCUAAAGAGUGCGGAGUCAAGACCUACAAAGUCAACGAGGAGGAGAGGCUGGUGCAUUAUGUAAAGGGGAAGUCCUACCCUUUCAAAGGCUCCUUCCCCCCCAUGUGGAACCCAUUCGCCCUGAUGGACUACAACAACCUUUGGAGGAAGAUGGAUGAGAUGGGCAGCGAGAUCCCCAGAGAGGCUCCAUGGAGGGCUCCCCAUGCUGAGGAGUGGGACAAGAUGACCAUGAAGCAGCUCUUUGAUAAGAUCUGCUGGACCAGUUCUGCGAGGCGGUUCGCCACUCUGUUUGUGAACGUGAAUGUGACCUCUGAACCCCAUGAGGUGUCUGCCCUGUGGUUCCUCUGGUACGUCAAGCAGUGUGGAGGGACCAUGAGGAUCUUCUCCACCACCAACGGAGGACAGGAGAGGAAGUUUUUGGGAGGUUCCAGCCAGAUCAGUGAGUGUAUGGCCAAAGAGCUGGGUGAGCGGGUCAAGAUGGAGUCUCCAGUCUGCAAGAUCGACCAGACAGGGGACAUGGUCGAGGUCGAGACGCUCAACAAGGAAACAUACAAGGCCAAGUAUGUGAUUGUGGCGACCCCUCCUGGUCUGAAUUUGAAGAUGCACUUCAACCCUGAGCUGCCCCCUCUCAGAAACCAGCUGAUCCACAGGGUCCCUAUGGGCUCUGUAAUCAAAUGUAUUGUCUACUACAGAGAGAACUUCUGGAGGAAGAAAGGGUACUGUGGCACUAUGGUGAUUGAGGAGGAAGAGGCACCCAUUGGCUUGACUCUGGACGACACAAAGCCCGAUGGGACUGUGCCCGCCAUUAUGGGCUUCAUCCUGGCCCGCAAGUGCAGGAAGCUAUGUGGACUAACGAAAGAGGAGAGGAAGAAGAGGAUCUGUGAGAUCUACUCCAGAGUGCUGGGCUCAGAGGAGGCUCUGCAUCCUGUGCACUAUGAGGAGAAGAACUGGUGUGAGGAGGAGUAUUCUGGAGGCUGCUACACUGCUUACUUCCCCCCUGGUAUACUCACCCAGUACGGCAAGGUUCUCAGGGAGCCAGUAGGCAGGCUGUACUUUGCAGGAACAGAGACAGCUACUGAGUGGAGUGGCUACAUGGAGGGGGCUGUUCAGGCUGGGGAGAGGGCCGCCAGAGAGGUCAUGUGUGUAAUGGGAAGGAUUCCACGGAGUCAGAUCUGGCAAACAGAGCCUGAGUCAGUGGAAGUCCCAGCACUUCCGUUUGUCACCACCUUCUGGGAGCGAAACCUUCCAUCUGUGGGCGGGUUCAUCAACUUCCUGGGCGUAGCCUCCAUCCUCUCUGUUGCCACUGCAGCAGGCAUGUUGGCCUAUCAGAAGGGGCUUUUCACCCGAAGCUAAACCUAAACCCCUCCCACCUCCUUCUCUCAUGCAUCUCCAGAGGGCAAUUCUCUAACGGCACACUAUUCCCUUUACAAUACACUUCUUUUGACCACAGCUAGAGUAGUGCUCCACUUUUGACCACAUAGAGUUCUGGUCUAAAGUAAUGCACUUUAUAGGAAACAGGUUGCCAUGUGAGAUGUUGCCACUCUGUGUCAUAGGCCUUGGUAAAGACUGUUCAGUUCUGUCAUUCACUACUGUACCAUCCAUUGUUCUAAAAACCUCCAUCCUCCACAGUGUCCCAACACAGGAUCUCUCAAGACCAGCUCACAAUAAUAUUGUCUGUUCUGCUGUGAUUCAGACUCUUAAACCAAUGAAGGAUGACAACUAAAUCAGAGUUAUUAAAACAGUAGCUUUCCCAAUGACAUUAUCAUUCACAAAUCUGCAUUGACUGUUUGAGAAUGUGUGUUAAUUACCUCUGCUGAUUUUAGGUGCUGACUAAUCUGAUCUAUAAUGUCAUAGAAGCUGUAACCAGCUCUAAGAUUAAGUUUAGUAACAGUUUAGCAACGGCAUAAUAUUGUCAGAAUACCUGUAUUAUUAGUGUAUCCAGAAUCCUGCAUCCAGAGAUGUUGUGUCUCCGUUAUGCUUCUCUCAACAGUCAUAGUAUUCAUUGUAAAGAGAGUGGAAAUAUUUUUUAUGUAUUUUCAGGAUUAGAUGAUUUAAUUCAUUGUUGUUGUAUUAUAAUCUUCUAUGAGUAUAUUUGAAAUAUUAUGCAUUUAAUUAAAAAUUUUUCCAAUGAGGCUCGAUCCUCGAUGAUAGUCAUGAACUGUAUUUUGAAGAUACCCAUUUAAAGUCCAUAAUUUUAUUGUCUGGGACCAUUUUUAAGAAUACCGAACAAAAACAAAUACUAAGAAUAUUACCACAGUAAUACAAAAAUAUGAUAUUCUCUCAUCUAUGAUUUCAGGAGGUAGAUCUCCAUCCAUUAUUUCACACUACCUGUGUGCACAUGUGUGCGUGCAUGUGUGUGUAAUUAUGGAAAGACUUUAUUUGUAACCGUUCUAUUUAAAUGCUCUCAUUGAUACAUAUUGAUUGAUCAUAGAAAUAUUUAAGGCAGUAUUUAUUUAGCCGCCUACCCGUUAACCAGCUAAUUAAACAAUGCCUAUAUUUAAACUUAUCGUAUUGAUUCUCCCAUGUAUUUCUGCUGAAGCCAGAGCAUACCCUAUGGAAGUGGCACAUCAUUUACCAGAAAGUAGCCUUGUAGUUUUAGAAUUUUUGUAGACUCUUUGAAUGGUCUUCAAUGGGCAAAAAUGUAAGGCAAUGGUCUUCAAGCUAAAUACUUCAUAAAAGUAAAGUAAAUGUGGAAGUAAAUUCAUCCACAAACACAAAUAUAAUUUUAUACACCUUAAAUGAUCGCUUAAAUUUUUUUUAAAAUGAUGUAAUCAUCAAGCCCAUUCAAAAGAUUAGGGGACAUCACCUCGAAGUAAAGCAGAAGGUGUGGUUACUUUCAGAGGGUAUUGAGCUUGCUUCUAACUACAGCCAAUUUGCCCAUGAUACUGAAUAAGUCCAGUUUCACAGUAUUUUCAGCAGAUAUUCUUCUCUUCGCCUAACAAAUAUGUAUGAAACAGAUUUCUAUCCAAUAAUAAAGAUCCCUCUAAAAAAAAUAACAAGUGGAAGAAAAGAAAAUGUCAGUGAAAUAACAUCAACAUCUAGAUCUAUAGAUGAACAGAAUUACUGCUCUGAGUAGAUAAGAGAAUCAACCUGUAAGACCAUCCAUUCUGAAGCGUACUGUACGGUCGGUCGUACAAUGAGUGGUGGAACAUUGUGGUGUUGUCCCUAAAGACGUGUGCGUACGUCGUGAGUGUAGUCCAUCUUGCCUUAAUAUAAAUUGUGGUGUUUUGACAUUUUUCAAGUGCCUGUGUGACUGACACUCAUUCCCCGUCCCCCCUCCCGCUGUACCCCCUGUCUGGUGCAUUUGUCGUUAACUAGAGCUUAUUGGCCAUUCUUGGAUUGAGUGAUUCUUAUAUGUCUUAAUUUCUUGUUCUUAAUUUUUUUUACAUUUGUGUAUUGUUACUGUUUUGCUAGAUAUUGCUAUACGUGACCAAUAAAAUGUGAUUUGAUUAUGACACCUUCUUAGGCCAAUGACUGAGCUCUGUUUCCGGCAGGCAAUCGUCUGAGGCUGAACAAACAAUCAUGCUAACAUCCAUGAUGCUACAGUUAGCUUUCUGGCACCAGUUGUGUAUGUGUGAAUCUUAAAAUGGCAGACUGUGAACUGUGUAAAUCCGCCCAUACAUCUCUAGCUAAACUAUCUAUCUAGAUGUUCUGUAAUGUUGUUAUUGCUGUACUCCUCAGAAAUGCUGUCUAUCCCUUAGCUUAGCUUACAUCCUACCUUGACACUAAACUUGAACCCGUACCCCCAGGCUCCAAGCGUUUUGUCUUUUUGCAUUUGAUUCACCUCAAAGUAACUUUUGCUCAGAGGCCUGGUUGUAACCAGAAUCAGAUGAGUAGGGAUUGGACCAUGAUGUCAAGAAAGAUCUCAACAUUUUCAAAGAAGUAUAGUAGAAGAACAGUCUGUUUGUUCUGAUGGAAAACUAGUGAACGGAACUACAGGAACCAACUGGAAACAGCUGCUCCCUGGUGUCCUGGAUGACAUCAUCAGUGUCCUGGUUCCCUGUGUGACAUCAUCAGUGUCCUGGUUCCCAGUAUGACAUCAUUAGUGUCUAAUCCCUCUGUGAGACUGCUUCUAGGCCUGACACUGUCUGUUCUAUUCCGUCCCUCUCUCAAUGGCUGGCUGUGUGUGAAAUGUCAUACCUUCUAAUCGUCUAAUUGCAUUCUUUGAUGUCUUUAUAUGAUUCCUCUACAAAUCUGGUGAUAAAAACAUUGAAUUUACCACCUA